AUGCCUCUGACAGGUCGGACAGCUUCGAGUGAUCCUAUCACCGAUUCUCGUUACGAUGGACCAAGUUAUACCUCCUCCUCUGGAGACCAGAGACGAAUCAGCAUGGUCUCGUCAACUUCGUCAAACUACGCAAACGAUAAUAGAGCGAGCCCAUUCUUGCCCCCCGUUGCAUCGUUAACAUCAUCACGCGGGUCAUCUUUCGAUGUAGACCCGUUAGAGAGGCCGCAGCUACCCGUAACAUUGCCAUCAUUGUUUGCCCAUACACAACAGCUCACACAGAGUAACCAACAAUCCUACACAUCACCCGUAGACAGUGAGAUGCGAUAUCAAUCCCCCCAGGAGUAUCACCGAUACUCUACAUCCAGUACACCUUCAUACCAGAGCUCUUCUCCAAACCAGUUAUAUUCUCCAUACUAUUCACACCCCACGUAUUCUCAGCCGCCACGGAACCCAGGCUACUCAUCAACACAGCCAAUGAUGAUGGAUAAUCGAUCACCGUUUUCUACUGCUGGGCAUCCUGUAGAUAUGACCAUGGAUCAUUUUGAUCACGGCAGACCGGGAAAGCGAAGAAGAGGGAACUUGCCUAAGCAUGUCACCGAUUUGCUACGGGGCUGGUUGAAUGACCAUUUACACCACCCAUACCCAACCGAAGACGAGAAACAGAUGUUGAUGGCUCAAACCGGCUUGAAUAUAAACCAGGUAUCAAACUGGUUCAUCAAUGCUCGCCGACGAAGAUUACCAAGCAUCACGGGAGCUCGGGUUGAUACCGACCAAAAACCAUCCCACUCAAUGGGAAACCCUGGCACAAGCCAGUAA